AUGGCCGAGUCCAGCGGUAAGGGCGCCGUCGCGAGCGUGACAGCGUCGAUGAUGCUCCACGGCCGCGUGGCCAUCGUGACGGGCGGCGCCGGCGGGAUCGGCUCGGCCGUAUCCAAGCACCUCGCGUCCCUCGGCGCGCGCGUGGCGGUCGCCUACGUCGGCGACCCGGCGCCGGCGCAGAAGCUCGUGACCGACAUCAACGCCGCCCACGGCGCCGACGGUCCCCCGCGCGCCAUCGCGGUGGAGACCGACGUGUCGGACGCGGCGCAGGUUCACGCCCUCUUCGACGCGGCGGUCGCGGCGUUCGGCGGGGAGCUCCACAUCCUGGUGACGGCGGCCGCCGUGCUGGACGCCUCGUACCCGACGCUGGCGGAGACUAGCGAGGCGUCCUACGACGCCAUGUUCGGCGCCAACGCGCGGGGCACGUUCCUGUGCCUCCGCGAGGCGGCGAACCGGCUGGCGCGCGACGGGCGCGGACGCAUCGUGACCUUCUCGUCGUCGGUGGUCGGGUCCCUGCGCCCCUGGUACGCGGCGUACGCGGCGAGCAAGGCGGCGGUGGAGACCAUGACGAGGAUCCUGGCGCGCGAGCUGCGCGGGACCGGGAUCACCGCCAACGCGGUGGCGCCCGGGUCCACGGCCACGCCCAUGUUCUACGACGGCAAGACUGAGGAGGAGGCGGAGCGGUACAUAGCCGGGACGCCGCUGGGGCGGCUCGGGAUGCCAGAGGACAUCGCGCCGCUCGUCGGCUUCCUCGCCAGCGACGCCGGCGGGUGGGUCAACGCACAGGUCCUGCGCUGCAACGGCGGCGCCGUCUGA